AUGGCCAUGCACAGCCCGCCGCUCCUGAACGCACUGAUCGCAUGGUCAUCCUCACAUCUAUCUCUGCGCGACGAUUCUUUUCGGCAUGUAGCUAUGCAGAAUCGAUGCGCUGCUCUAAGCGACCUCCGGGCCGCACUCCAAAACGAGCCUGUGAGUAUGGAGAUGAACCUCGCAAUGUCGCUUGUCUUGUGCUCGCUAGAAAGCAUCAUGGCCGAUAACGGGGAUGCCUGGUAUCUACACCUGGCCGGAGCUGCAGGAGUAAUAUCUUCAAAUGCAAACAUUACAGACCAUCUAAAUAAGACAAGCCCGGUCCCUCUUCUGCAAAAUUUUGAAGACGCCCAUGCUGGACGCUGGCUUCUGCGCAAUUUUGCAUACCGCGAUAUCGUGAUGGCGGUCGCUCGAGACCGCGCUCCGUUGUUGAACUCCUAUUUAUUUCUCCAGCUGGACGAUGCACGUCUCCCCGAUUCCCAUUUCGGGCUUGCGUUCGAGAUAUUGGAAAUUAUCUCCCAGAUCGCUACACUCAAUGAACAACGGAAGAGCGAAGGAUCUACCGAGAUUGGCCAGCCCUUGGACUCUCAGGUGGCCGUUCAAAAUACCAACCCCUCGCCUCUCAUAGUCCCCCCUGACCUACUCGGCUCGCUUCAGGCCCUGGAAUAUCGAUUACAGCAAUGGGUCUGUCCCCAGUCCACCGAUAUGUCACUAAAACUGCUGGCAGAGUCAUACCGGGGCUCCGCUCUCAUCUACUUGUACCGCGUGAUGCGUGGCAUAUCCCCGAGCGAAAAACCAGAUUUGUCAUCGAAAAUUAUGUCGCAGGUAGCUGCUGUGGUGGGCAAUAUCGAGCAGAUGCCUACGCGCAGUCUACCGGAAUGCACUCUGCUCUUCCCUCUGUUCCUCGCCGGCGGAGAAGCCACCACAGAGUCGCACAUCAAGAGUAUUCGGCAUCGGAUGCUCGACAUGAUUAACUCGCGGGGGUUUCGGAAUGUGGAAGUUGCACUGUCUGUGCUGGAGAAGCUUUGGCGGUUGAAGAUUGUGCGGAAGGCGGCUGGGUCUUCAGCGCAGGUUGACUGGCUUGAUAUUGUGCGGCAGGAUGGAAUCAGCCUGUCUUUGUCAUAA